ACCAUGUAUGACAUGUAAGCAGCUACGUACCUUACCUUAGCCCUAGAAGCAAGAACAAAAGCUUGUAAAGCCAGCCAUGGAGGAGAAGAAGCCGUCGGAAAGGGUCAAGGAGAGUGGCGGCGGAGUGGAAGUCGGAACUGAAGAUGAUGAUUUGGUGUUUCCUGGGUUCCGGUUCCAUCCGACGGACCAGGAGCUCUUGAGCUUCUACCUUGCAAGGAAGGUGGAGAAGAAGGGCUUCAGUAUUGACAUCAUCAAGGAGGUCGACAUCUACAAGCACGACCCCUGGGAUCUUCCAAAUGAAGCUCGGCAUGUGGUGCAGGGUGCAGGAGACAAAGAAGACUGGUACUUCUUCUGCCUGCGUGGCCGCAAGUACAGGAACAGCAUCCGGCCCAACCGCGUCACCGGCUCCGGCUUCUGGAAGGCCACCGGCAUCGACAAGCCCAUACACGGCGGCGCCGGCGGCGAGUGCCUCCUCGGGCUCAAGAAAUCCCUCGUCUACUACCGCGGCAGCGCCGGCAGGGGCACCAAGACCGACUGGAUGAUGCACGAGUUUCGCCUCCCCUCAACGGCGGGGGCAGCCGAGCUCCAUGAUGCAGAAAUAUGGACGAUAUGCCGGAUCUUCAAGAGGAACAUGUCCUACAGUAGGAGGUGCCAGCAGCAGAAACAAGAACACGGCAGCAAACGAUGCCAGCAGCAGUUGCAGUAUUACUAUGACUACCGCUAUCACCAUCAGCACGGCGCUUCCAUGAUGAGCAGCUUCGGUUCGUCAGAGGCGAGCGAGGCUUAUCCCACCGACCACCACCAGCCGUUCCUGCUGCACGGAGGUGGCGCGACCUUUGUGCUCUUCCUCGCCUUCGGAGGCGGUGGCGGUGGGACCGAAGGCUUCGCGCUCUCCUUCUUCGCCUUUGGAGGCGUGCUGAGCUUGGAGCCGGACUGGGACUCUUAUGUGCUGCUGGUGGUGAUCUCGGAGCUGGACUGGGACUCUUAUGUGCUACUAGUGGUGAUCUCGGAGCUGGACUCUGACUGGGACCUCUUUGGGCUGCUGAUGUAUCGGCAAAUUGUAUCCCAGAGGCCAAUCUGCCUCAUCCAGCUUGUUGGCCGCUUCUCUUAUGGCGUCGCUAGUAAUAAGCGAGCAAUCUUUCGGGUUUAG